AUUAGCUGUCAAGACAUCACGAAACUUAAAGUUGAUGCCAUCGUAAAUGCUGCUAAUAACAGCUUGCUUGGAGGAGGAGGAGUUGACGGAGCAAUUCACCGCGCGGCAGGAAAAGCUCUGUUAGCCGAAUGCCGUACUUUGAAUGGCUGUCCAGAUGGAGAGGCUAAAAUUACAAAGGGAUAUAAUCUGCCUGCCAAACAUGUUAUCCACACUGUUGGCCCACAAACCGAAAAACCUGAUAUCCUUGCCAAUUGCUACAGAAAUUCUUUACAGGUCUUAAUUGACAAUAACCUACGUUCUAUAGCUUUUCCUUGUAUAGCUACCGGCGUCUAUGGCUACGAUAAUGAACGCGCUGCUAAUGUAGCUUUAAAGACUGUUUUGUCUUUCUUUGAAAAUGGCAACGAUCAAAAGUUGGAUGAAAUUAUCUUUGUUCUAUUCAACGAAAAGGAUAAGAGAAUCUACAAAGAAUUGGUACCAAAGUACUUCCCUGGUGCUUCGGGUAAAUGCGAGAAUUGCUAA